UAAUGCUGCACGAUGUCCGAUACCGCUGAAACACCCGAUAAAUCAUCUACGGAUAAGAAAAAGGCCGAUACGAACGCUUCGAGCAAUUCGAAUUCUACCGCAACAAACAGUACCAACAAUAAUGACCGGGAGGAAAGAAGCAAAGCAGCCACGGUCAGUUCGAGUUCAUCGAAAUCGAACGAAACGAACGAUAGAAAAAAGGUAAACAAUAGUUCGGAAGAUGGUGGUGGUAGUAGCAAUGCUGUUAGUACCAGAACCUUAAAACGGUUGUCCGAUGGAAAUACCGGGAAUGCUUCGGCAGCCUCAAGCACUAGCACCGUUGCUUGCAAAACCGAAGAUCGAAGUCCACCGCUCGGUGGCAACAAUGGAGUGUCCGGGUCCCAAACUUGCGGCAUGUGCCUGGAGGUGAAAAGUUCGCUGAAAUACAUUCUGCCGAUGGAGGGCAAUACCAAGGCGUUCUGCUCCGAGUCGUGCAUUUUGGAGUACCGCAAGAAUUGUGAGCGAACCUGCAUACAGUGCGAUAACGUUGUACGAGAGAACGCUCCAAAGCCCAAUUUCUGCUCUACCUUCUGUUUGAAAAAGUUCCAGAAAAAAAGAUCUCUCAACCUAGCGGAAUCGGUUGAUGAUGGAAAGCCAAACGGUAGCAGCAGCAACAACAACAACAACAAUAACAACACGAAUAGCCAUAAUCAUAACAACAGUUCCAACGGCAGUUCGAACGGUGGAGGCCGCCGUAGUGGUAAUAUUUCUCCUGGACGAACUCAACCGUCAUCGACUCGCAUUAGUCCGGUAACCACGACGCAAGCUGGUGCGUUUCAGUACGAAAGCUUUCACGUGUUCGACUGGUCGGAGUAUCUGCGCGAAACGGGCAGCAUGCCGGCACCGACGGAAUGUUUCAAGCAGGCAAAAGCUCCCCCGAAGAAUGAGUUCAAAAUUGGCAUGAAGCUGGAAGCACUCGAUCCGCGCAAUAUCACCUCAACGUGUAUCGCGACCGUUGUCGGUGUGCUCGGAUCGCGGCUGCGUUUGCGGCUGGAUGGCGGCGAUAAUAAGAACGACUUUUGGCGAUUGGUCGAUUCGAACGAAAUUCAUCCGAUAGGGCACUGCGAAAUGUCGGGUGAGAUGUUGAAGCCACCGCUUGGCUUCCGGUUGAACGCGAGCAGUUGGCCAACGUUCCUGUCGAAAACGUUGAACGGAGCGAUAAUGGCACCGGAUGAUAUUUUCGUACCGGAACCACCAACCCCGAAGUACAAUCUGUUUCAAGUGGGACAAAAGCUGGAAGCCGUUGAUAAGAAAAACCCUCAGCUGAUCUGUUGUGCAACGGUAAAUGAGGUAAAAGACGAUCAGAUUCACGUAACGUUCGACGGUUGGCGUGGUGCGUUCGAUUACUGGUGUCGGUACGACUCGCGGGACAUUUUUCCGGUAGGUUGGUGUGCUGCCAGCUGCCAUCCGAUGCAGCCGCCGGGCCAGAAGAGCAAGCUAGACGGUAAUGGCCAUCGAUCCAAGGGCGGACGGUCUUCGUUUGCGAUGGUUUCGGAUUCGUCGGACACGAUGCAACCGGUCACGCUGGUAACGGCCCAUUUUCACAGCCGGUGUAGAGGUGGACCGCACAUUAACAGCUCCAAGUUACCGUCGAUGGUUACUGCACCGAACCACCAGACGUUGGCCAAGCUGUGUUUGCAGGAAGUGCUGGCAGCUUCACACGAUCAAUCGCUACUCUCACCGCUGCUGUUCAGUCUCGAGGGUGAUGUGCAUAUCGUGCCGGCGGCUGGGAAGAAUUUUACCGUCAAAAUACCGGCCUAUAUCAAACAGAAGGGAAACGCGGGCGUUUCGGAGUUUCUCGAUAUGCUAUGCACGUCGUGUCAGGCCUGCCCAAAGCUGAUCACGCUCGAACCGGGCCCGGAACAGUGCGAAGACUGUUUCCUGCAUUCGACUCCUUUAAAGCGCGCGAUCAAGACGGAACCACGGGCAACGGCAGCAGCUAGUCCGCCACCGACCGCUGCAUCCUCACCGAAAGCAUCCGCUACCGGGCGGGCAUGUGCCGGCGGGCCUGAGCUACGGUCGACAAAAGAAACGUCAAAGGAAAAGGAUUCACAGCUAAGGAGUCCUUCACCGAAGCGGCGGGCGGUUGCCAGUAGCAGUGAACGAAAGGAAACGGAUCGUACUGGAGAGGAAAUAAAGACGAGCCCCAGCAGCUCGUCUUCGGUAUCGGUCAAUACCAAGAAGGAACGCAAUGAGCCAAGCUCAUCGGUCUCAACCACUACAACGACGAUGAACGCAAAAUUAACGCCUAAAACUAGUUCGCCCAAUCGAUCUGCUAGAACGGAUACGUCCGGAGCGUUAUCGUCUAGUUCGUCCACAGUUACGACGGUGGCCACUUCAUCUACAACGAAUCAACACAAAUCGUCUACUGCAACGGCACCGGUCAGUCAACCCACAUCGUCGACCACCGUGUCGACGACGAGCAGCAGUAGCAAACCGAUCACCACCACCGGUACGGCGUCCAUCAAGCUGGAAGACCAAACUGGUAACGUGACCGACGUCGGCGCGGCUCAAGCGACUGCCGCCGUUGCAGCAACCUCCGCAUUGACGGUACCUACAGUGGCAGCUGCUGUUCCGUACCAUCCGGCACCGAUCGUAUCGCCACUGAUACCGAGUGCUUGUACUGUUGGGCCUGCCGUCGCAAUGACGACCGUACCAGCUUCUCUCAUACCCAUAGUUGCGGCACCGUCCUCGAAUCCGUAUCAUCAACCGAUGACGAAUGCGGCCCCGGCCGGACCACACGCUUGUGCUAAUACGGGCGGUGUCGGCAGUUACUAUAACGCCGCACAAUCCACCAUGAUGCCGGCAGUAGUGCCAUCGAUAGCCCCCGCUGUAGCGCAGAUGCCUCGCGGACAGACGACCGACUGGACGAUUGAGGACGUGAUACAGUUUAUCGCUGUACAGGAUCCAUCGCUCGCUAUCCAUGCGGAAUUGUUCCGCAAGCAUGAAAUCGAUGGAAAAGCGCUGCUACUGAUUAAUAGCGAAAUGAUGAUGAAGUAUAUGGGGCUGAAGCUGGGACCGGCACUAAAAAUCUGCAAUCUGGUCAGUCGCGUUAAAGGUCGACGGCACAACCUUUGUUAAAUGUAAAUUAUACUGUGUAGCAAGUAC